AUGCCUCCCCCCUCCAACCAGAAACAGGACAUCGAGCCCCCGGACCAGAUCACCACCGAGGCGGUCUACGGGUUCCUUGCGGGAGCCUUCCGGUUCGGCUCCGUCUCGAUCCUCGCCCAUAUGAUCCUGAUUCUCCCACACCCCUUUAAAUUCUCGCCGCCGGCUGCGCCACCUGCACCAUCGUCAUCCCCGACAUCUCCGCCACACCGACCUUCACCGUUCUCGAAAGACGCGCUGCGGGCGCGCUUCUUCCACCGGCCGCUUGAGGGCUUCUCGGAGUGGCUGUCGCCGACGGCGCGGGUCUACCGGCCGCUCACGCCGCAGUUCAAGGUGUUCCUGCAGAUUGCGGCCAUGACGCUGGGCGGGUGUAUCUGGGCAGAGCGCCGGGUGAACGACUACAUUGAUCUGGUGCGGAAGACGAAACGCGCAGAGCGAGUGCAGGCGCAGCGCGCGGCGAGAUAUGGGAAUAGUCUGGAAUAG